AUGGUUGUUCGAAGUAAAACUAAUUCCUUAAAAUCAAAACCUCUUAUAACAUCUCGACAUUCUCUUUCUCCUGAUCCCUCGCACAUUCCAGAACCAGCAACAUAUCAUCAAGCCUCCAAAUAUCCUGAAUGCAAUCAUGCUAUGCAGGCAGAAUUUUUAGCCCUUAUGCGAAAUAAAACUUGGACAUUGGUUCCACCACCGCUUAAUUCUAACAUUGUUGGUUGUAAAUGGGUCUACAGGGUUAAGAGGAAAGUUGAUGGAUCUAUUGAACGUCACAAAGCUCGUCUUGUGGCAAAAUAUUUUCACCAAGAAGAGGGUGUUGAUUACUUUGAUACUUUCAGUCCCGUUGUUAAGCCUAUAACUAUUCGGCUUGUUUUGUCUUUAGCUGUGACAAAUAAGCACAUUCGUGACUUACUUCGUCGAACUAACAUGGCUGAUGCAAAGCCUAUCUCUAGUUCGGCUGAAUCUGGAUCAAGACUUACUCUUUCUGGUGAUACUUGUUUAUACCGUUCUAUUGUUGGUGCACUUUAA